CGGAGCCCAGAAUAACACGAGAGCCUGAACGCGCGCGGUGCAGCUCACAGACGCCUCGUGUUCCCUGUUCAUUCGAUCACUGCGAACUCCCGAUCGCGCUUUGGAUUACAACGAUGACUCUGGAAGAGAUCCGCGGACAAGAGAACUCAAUGGCGAACACAGACAGGGUGCAAAGUGCAGGCGCAGCGCUGGAGGAGCUGCUGGUCGCCGCCAAGAAGCAGGAGUACCUGACAGUGGGGGUGUACGAAUCUGCCAAAGUCAUGAAUGUUGACCCGGACAGCGUGGCGUUCUGCGUCCUCGCCACCGACGAGGAGUACGAGUGCGACAUCGCCCUCCAGAUCCACUUCACCCUCAUCCAGGCGUUCUGCUUCGACAACGACAUCAACGUGGUGCGCGUCAACGACAUCGAGCGCCUCGCCGACCUGGUGGGCGCAGACGGCACCGGCGAGCCCAAGGACGCGCACUGCAUCCUCGUCACGAGCCCCAGUGCCAACCCAUGGAAAGACCCCGCCCUGGACAAGUUGGGUCUGUUCUGCGAGGAGAGCCGCAGCGUGUACGACUGGGUGCCCACCAUCACACUCCCGGAGCGCUGAAGGGACGUCCCCCACACACACACGCUUCACAUGUGGAUGAUGAAGAUGAUGAAAAGAAAGUCAAAGAGCUGAGCUUCAGCUGGGGGGCGUCAAGCCUUUCCGCCUCACUUUUUUCGGGAUUAAGAGGCUGCGGUUGUAAAACCCUCCCAACCCCCCCUCCCCCCCUCCCCCUCCUGCAAGGGCCAGUUUUCUCUGGGUCAGCAUGGUGGUUCUGGAUUACCCCGAGGAAGGGGUGCAAGUUCAGAGGUCGGCUGUGGACCAGGUGUACAUGGAGUGGACGGAGAGCUUGAUGGACACUGAGAAGGAGUUGGACUGUACUGCAUUGUGCAGAAUGAGAAGAGGGACCGUCCGCCUUGAUAUAACGGGCAAACUGGGGAAGAGAGCAAAGGAGGUCACAGAGAAAGAGACUGCAAGGAAAUGGACUUGUGAAAGUGGAGAGGCUGCUCUGAAUCUGGUCAGAGGGGGGACAAGGAAGAUGCUGGUGCUGAAGAGGGUAUCAGAAGUUACUUUAUGGACUUGGACAGCUAUCAGGAUGUUCUUGGAAUAAGCAGAGACUUUGCUUGUAAAUCCUGAUGUCAGCUGUGCGUCUGUACCAGUGACACUGUUUCAUGGACUAUUGUUUUUACUUUCAAAUAUGCAGACAAACAAAAUGCAAUAUUCAUUUGAAAUGUACUGAUUUUUUAUGUUUUGUGAAUAAACAUUUGGAAUCGAA